AUGCUUCCCACUCGGUGCCUGUUGAAGCGCUCGGUCUGGAAAGGCCCGCACAUUGUCCCUCUCCCCAUCACACGGCCACAGGCCGGGAAAACGUCGCCGCCCAUCCGCACCCAGGCCCGGUCUGCAACCAUUCUUCCCAACUUCGUCGGCCUCAAAUUCCAGGUCUACAACGGCAAGGUCUACCAUGAUGUGACCAUCACGGAAGACAUGGUUGGCCACAAGUUGGGCGAGUUCUCGCCGACACGGAAGCCGUUCAUUUGGUCUCGGUAA